CUGAUCACGUGACGUCAUCGAACACCUUCACCGUCGAAAGCGGCAGUUUCUUUGCGCGCGGUCUUUCUCAUGCUUUGUGGUGUUUUUAUGAUCCGCGUCUCUCUGCUGAGGAUGAAAGAAAUUAAAGCUCUUUAUCCUGAUUAUCAUAACGGAGAGUUUCUGGCUCCUAAAACCGGGGCAAAGCUGGCCUCUCUCUUUGGUCUCUGCCAAGCUGAACCUGAAGGCAAUGAGUCUUUCAAGUUCACUGCUCCAAAGCAACCCAAAAAACUUCCAUCUGGUCUUGGUUCUCCUUCUCAGAAACAAGUUCCCCCUCCAUCAACUCCAGCUGUCUUGUUGGCAGUUGCUGUCCAUGCCUUUCACUUUGUGAACGGACAAUACGUGAAGCAUGGCAAGUUGGGUGCAGCAAUCCUGGGAAACUAUGUGAACAAAGAGUAUAAGAUCCUGCUUUAUGGCAGUCAGCAGAAACAAAUAGCUUCAGCACGAAUUCACAAUGGAUUUAUCCUCACGAUUCAGCCUGGACAUUAUGCUGCCUUUUAUGAUGAUCAACAGCAGAGCUGGUCUCUGAAAUUUGACUCUGAGGAUGCUAGAAUAGAUUUCUUUAAAAAGGUGUGUGUAGCCAGGUGGAACAGUCAGACCUGCUGGGAUACUUUUCUGACUCAGGACUUGGUCCAUGGAGAGGGAGCGACCAUUAGCAUGGGGGACACUGUGGAGGUGGCCUUGUCUAGCUGCCUGCUUCAGAAUCAUACUAUGGAACAGUUAUUUGAUUCCAAAUUCUGCAAAGAUAAGCUUCAGCGAGUGAGCCUGGACUCUGACACACCCCUCAUGGGAUGGGAAAAGGGGAUGUUGGGGAUGCAGAAAGGAGGUCGACGUCUUAUAAUAGUUUCCCCCAGCAUGGGUUAUGAGUCAAAUGGAGGUCCAAGCUGUGCAACACAUUUCAGCACUCUAUUUGCUGUGGAGGUUCUUCAGGUUAAUGGCUCCAAGAAAGCAGACAGCUCUGCUGCAGGAUCCUCAGACAGCAACAAGUCACUAGUCACUGCUCUAGCUUUGUGCUGCUCUAACCAAGGAGAUCAAGCACCAUGGGCUAAGUGCAGAACUCCAAAUAAGCUUCCAAAGCUUCCAGAAGCAGACAAAGUGAAGGUAAUCUCCCGCAUGGCUAAAAUAGGUCAGCCCACUGUGCCUUUCCUGAAAGUAGCAGCUCCACACACUGACUAUGCCAUAGAGGAAAGCAGUGUGUGUGUGUCAGUGUGUGGUUUGUCAGCUCAAGCUGCUGCUUCAUCUCCACUGCCUGUAGAAACCGCUUCUUCAUUAUCAUCCACUGCUGUCCACCUCCCAGAGGCAGUGAAUACACACACAGUUAAGGAGGUACAUGUCUGCUCAGAUCGAGCUUUCCAGCCUCAUUCAUCACAUUUGCAACCUUUCACGUUAACCUUUCCACCCCAGCACACGCCAUACUCAAGUGACGUUGGCUCCUACAUGAUUAGUGAGUCACGGCAACAUAAUGCUGAAAUCCGUUUAGCUGUAGCAAAAGUGAUUGACAAAGUUGACUGCUUGGCUUCUAAGAUGGAUGAACUACAAAAGCAAGGCACAUCCUCUUUUGCUUUGUCUGGUGGAUCUCUGGAAACAGCCAUGAUCAUGCAUAACAUACAGAGAAUUAUUCAUGAAAAUGCCAGUCUGAAGAAGGAAGUUCUAGAGAGGGGCAAUGGAGUGGAGGAACAGGACUAUAAAAUAGGAGCGCUCACUGAACAAAGGUGUAUGGAGGAAAGCAACUUGCUACUAGAACAGACGAAUGACGUUCUUCAGAGCAGUGGUCAUCAUUCCAGGCUUAUGAAAGCAGAACAGGAGAAGAUGCGUUUGGUUAAAGAGUUGGACGUGUCCUCAUCUUGUGUGUGUAAGCUGCAGCAGGAGGUCAAUAGUCUUCAGCAGAAGGUGACUGAGGUGCAGACUGACCUCAGUGCUGUCCUACAGGAAAGUCAGAGCCGCUGUACUCUGAUCAGUUGUCUGGAGUCUAAAGUGGAAGAGUUGAAGAGGGAGAUUGUUCAGUCUCGACAGCAGUGGAGAGAAGAAAAACAAAAGUGCAGAAAAAUGAAAUGGACAAUGACAAACACAGAGGAGGAGAUUCAAGACCUGAAGGAAGAGAACAAGAGCCUUAACCAGCUGCUAUCGGACAAAAAGAGGAGAUGGCAGCAGGAGCGGGAACGCUUUCUAUUGGAGCAGGAGGAACAGCGCAGCAGCAGUGAACAGGAACAGCAGCAGCUGCUUGACCAGCUCAGGAAAGCCAGAAGCAUUGCUGGAACCUACAGCGGACCACAGGUUGAGCUGGAGUGGAAGGAAAGGUGUGAUGCAGCACUGAAGGAGCAGAAAUUAAAACUUGAAGUGAUUACUCAACUACAAAUAAAGAAUUCAAAAUUACAGAAGGAACUGGCAAGAGAAAAACAGCAAAUGAAUGCUCAGCUGGCUGGACAGGUGAAACUGGUAAUGAAUGGGCUGUUCCGCUCUCUGAGGGCAGAGUUUAAUCUGCAGGAGACGUAUCCUGGUGAAUCUGUUCUAACAAUUGUCCUCAAUACCAUAAAGCAGGUGACUCUGCAAUUCCUCAAGGAGCUCAAGUCUGAGGAAGAUAAGUACAUCACUGCAGAGGAGAAAACAAGAGGAAGAAUUGAAGAACAUGGAAUAAAAAGUGAGAAAAUGGAAAGACCCCAGAGCCUGGACCACACCUACAUGACAGCAUAUGAAACCAAUAGUCUAGAAGCUUCUGAAGUGAGCAGUGAUUCUUUCAGAGAAGCAACUGGUGAAUUGAAAGUGAAGGGUUUGAAAGAGUUUCACUCUACAGACUGAUUAAAGAUUGGAUUAACUCAUUAAUUGGAAGUAUGUUGGCAGGAAACUCGCCAAAUGUUUGUGCAGUGCUACUGUAUGGAGCAACACCAAGAAACUUACAUUUAAUACUUUUUUUUUUUUUAAUAAUUAAACUGUAAUUAAAUGUUAUGAUAUCAACAGAAUGUUUAUUUUAUAUUGCUCUAUUUCCAUUUCUUUGACCUGAUACAAUGUGAGACGAUGGCUAUGAGAAGACUAGGCAAGAAGGUCCUCUGUAAUUUACAGUUGUAUUCAGUUACAAUGUUAAAUAAAAUAUUUAAGAACAUUUCAGAUAGAAAUCGACACUGAAUAGAUGCACUGUAAGCAAAGUUUAUUUUGUAUAUUCAUUAUGUACUGACUUGCUAAUGCAUCAUUCAAACUCACAUCAAUAACAAUAAUCAAACUCAUGUUUAUAUAAAUAAAUCUGUUGAGUGAUGUUUCAA